AUGGACGGUGUGCGAUAUCAGAUUGAGCAGCUGCAGUAUGUACUUGGGCAGCUGGACACACACCGCAUGUUAAUGCAGGCGGAUGCCGCACAACUGCAGUUAGCAUUAGCGAAUGCAACUGCGAUUGCACGCCAUGUAGUAGAGCGACAGACACGUCGUAAUGCAAAAAUACACUCGGGCAAAAACAGUAAUGCUCGUACUUCUGAUAAUAAUAGAAAUGAUUGUAGGAAUUCUUCUUCUUCUAAAGCGAAACAACAACAACAACAACAACAACCUGAAGAGCAAAAUGAGGCAGCUCAGGCUGUUGCUAAUGGUGGUAUUAGUAGGAGUAGUAGUAAUGCGGUUGAUGUGAACAAGAAGAAGGAUGAGACGGAUAAGAAAACUAUCAAAAGUAAAGAAUCUGCAGGGCAACCAUCCUAUUCUGAGACCAUUGCUAGUGUCGCAAGACUUCACAAUGUUUCUCUUGAUGAAAUACGAAAUUAUAACCCACAGUUAUCAGAAUUUGAUGAUGAAGAAGUAUUACCACCAAAUACAUUUAUAAAAAUGAAAUUGCACGUAAAUGAACCUUCUCAAUUUGCUGAGAUUUCUGAUAUAACGACACCUCAUCAGCGUUUAGGAGAACCUCUUCUUGGUGCGGAUGAUACUAUGACUGCAGAAGUUCCAUUACCAUUAGCACCUCUUCCAUAUAUGCAAGAUGCCCCACGUCGCUCUACUUAUAUUGAGGAAUCACCAAUAAAUUAUAGACAAAAUAACGAUAACGAUUGUAAAACCCUUAAUAUACAAGACGACUCACCUAAAAAAAUACGGUUACUUAUGUUACCUUCUCCAUCUCCAAAUCGUCAUGGUUUCUCAGUUGAGAAUAGUAUGAAUAACAGUAAUAUAAAGGAUAAUCUAUGUGCUGCGGAUUCCUCUGUAGAAGUCUCUGUUAACGUAUCAGGACAUAAAGGCCCUAAUAAUAAAACUAUGGCUGCGGGAAAUACACCUGUUCCAAAGUCACUUUUCUCAGGUUCACAUCUUGGGAAACCGCCCACUACACCACAGGUGACUAUUAUUACGGACUCAAAGAAGAAUAAUGAUAAUAAUAAUAAUAAUGAUAAUGAUGAUGAUAAUGAUGCUAUUCCUUCUGCUGCUUCUCCAUCACCAAUUGCGAAGGUACGUGCUGGUGAUCGUGAUCAGUCUUUACUUACCGAGUCAUCUUCUUUUCAUUCAACGCCUACACCUACACCACAUGUAUCGCCAAAACCAAAAGGAAAAAGUACCCAAAAUGAUUUAGUAGAUAUACGUGAUAAGGGAAAAGAUGGUACAACAACACCACCACCAACCACAAAAUUAAAUGUAGAAAAUAAUACUUCUGCUGUAGAUAAUAGUAUGGAUGGUAAGUUGUGUAACAGUAAUGAUAUAUCACCAAUUGUACCGAAGAAGUCUCCUUAUCCAGAGGAAAGUGAUGAAGACUUUGAUACACUUAACUCUAUAGCUCAGCAAUAUGCGGUAACAGUGAAGGAAGUGUUGAAAUGGAAUCCGUAUUUGAUUGUGUAUGAGGCAGAGGAACCAUUACCACCAAACCUCCCUAUUGUUCUUCCACUACAACAAAAUCAAUUAAACGAAUAA